ACCAUUUAUUUACGAAAAUAAGCUGAGUGACUUGAGUGAACCAAAGGCGGAACUUGGGUGACCAGCAGUGUUUUGACUGUACCGUUCAGCAACGCAGAUUCCAGACUUGACGACAAAAGUUCCUUCACUAGAAGAGUCGAAAUAUUCUCCUAAAGCGUACCAGAUUGAACUGAAUUGCUUGGUUGGAAAUUAAUUCAAAGCUUUAAGCCGGAGAAACAAUUAGGAGCAACAUGAAGUUCGCUGCACCGGCACCGGCACCGGCAUCGCCGUGGAUUGCUUUUCUGAUAUCAGUGCUAUUGGUCUCAUCAGUUUCGGCUUUAUCUCCUCGGCUUCUACGACAACCGAAUAGCAAAAAAUACUUGACCACUAAAGCACUCUGGUUCAAUCAAACUCUCGAUCAUUUCUCUCCUUACGAUCAUCGUCAAUUUGGGCAGCGAUACUAUGAGUUCCUUGACCACUUCACUCAUAAUGGGCCAAUAUUUUUGGAAAUAUGUGGAGAAUCUGUAUGCCCUGGGAUACCGAAUGACUACAUCAGCGUCUUGGCGAAUAAGUUCGGAGCUGCUGUUGUUUCUCUUGAGCAUAGGUACUACGGGAUGAGCUCCCCUUUUAAUUCCUUGACCACGGAGAAUCUCAAGUAUCUUUCAUCCAAGCAGGCACUUUUUGAUUUAGCUAUUUUCCGCCAAUAUUAUCAGGAAUCCCUGAAUUUAAAGCUCAACAAGUCCAAUGUCGAAAAUCCAUGGUUUGUCUUUGGUGUUUCAUAUUCUGGUGCUCUUAGUGCAUGGUUCCGACUGAAGUUUCCUCAUCUUACUUGUGGGAGUCUUGCAAGUUCUGCUGUUAUUCAGGCUAUUUACAACUUCACAGAAUUUGAUAAGCAGAUUGGUAUAUCUGCAGGCCCAGAAUGUAAAGCUGUGUUACAAGAAAUUACACGUCUCGUUGAUGAAAGGCUAGCUUCUAAUGACAAGGAAGUAAAAUUGAUGUUUGGUGCAGCCGAGCUAAAAAUUGAUGGCGAUUUCCUGUAUUAUCUGGCUGAUGCUGCAGUUACUGCGUUUCAAUAUGGAAAUCCAGAUAAGUUAUGCAACCCUCUGAUUGAAGCGAAGAAAGCUGGAGAAGACAUAGUGAAAGCAUAUGCCACAUAUGUGAGGGAGAAUUAUGGUGAUGAUGUGGCAACAUAUAACCAACAAAAUCUGAAGAAAACUGCUUUAAAUGUUAACAGUGGUGAUCGCUUAUGGUGGUUCCAAGUCUGCACUGAAGUUGCAUAUUUUCAGGUUGCACCUUCAAAUGAUAGUAUUCGCUCUCCAAGGGUCGAUACAAGAUACCAUUUAGAUCUGUGCAAAAAUGUCUUCGGAGAGGGUAUUUAUCCUGAUGUUGAUGCAACAAAUGUAUACUAUGGGGGCACGAAAAUUGCUGGUUCAAAAAUAAUCUUCACUAAUGGGUCACAAGAUCCUUGGCGCCAUGCAUCGAAACAAACGUCGUCGCCAGACAUGCCUUCAUAUCUCAUCUCAUGUCAUAACUGUGGCCACGGAACUGAUAUGCGAGGCUGCCCUCAAUCUCCUUUAGUCCCCGAAGGUGAUGCCAAAAAAUGCAGUUCCCCUGAUGCGGUUCGUAAAGUAAGGCAGAAGAUCACAGAUAACAUUGACUUGUGGCUGUCACUGUGCCUGGUUUCAGGUAGAAGUUCAAUGUAACACAGUUAACAUGCACAGUCCCAAGGGAUAGCAUCCACGCGAAGGCUGUCUACAUAAACUGUAUCUUGAGUGCAUGUUUGGUAGAUUGUGUUAGAUAGGACUGGAGAAAGUGUUAUUAAAAAUAAAGAAUAAAUUUGAAUUUGUGUGUAAUAUUAUUUUAUUGAAGAAUGUGAUUGAAAAAAAAAA